AUGGGACCCACGCUGCCAGCCAGGUUCAUGCUGCAGCACAGAACGGCCCACCACGUGCCAAACUGGGACGGCUCGAACCACUGCGGCGGGAAAACGGGGGACACUUUUACAUAGUCUUUACACACACUGCUGCCUGAACCCUGUUUUGUGUGCCUGAAAGGGGAACAUUAAUCAGUGUGCCUUCAAUUUAGAGGACACAGUAAACUGGCCUUGUGUUGCAUCUUCGAACAUCCGAAUGGGGACGAGCAGAAAGUCAGAACUGGGCUGAACCAGCUCAGAGGAGCAUCACAGGACUCGAGAGUAAGUGCAGCUUUUAUACCGAUGUAGUACUUCACAUCUUCUCUUCUCUUCCACUGAAGCCUUCAUGAAUAUUCAUGAACGUUACAGCGCCCAUCCAGAAGCCCCCGCUCUCCCUCCAAGCCACGUGAUGCGAAAGACAAAAACGCACUCUCAUAUUUUUAGACACUUGACUGAGGAGAUCUCGAGCCUGUUAGGCUGUAUUUUCUUCUCUUUGUUCUGCCUUGCCAGUCUCCAUCAGCGUCCACAAUCGGUGCCUCUGUUGCUCGGAUGAGAGGGGACAUUCUUCCAAAGGGAUGAUUUUUCUCGUCUCCGCAGGCCCUGGCACCACGCGCGUCUGCCCCCGCACCGGCCUCAGUGCCAGGCUGGAGUCGCUCUCAAGCUGACAGACGCAUACGAGCACUGCAAAGCGACAGGACCUGCGCAUGGUUCAUCCGUAAUACGAUGGAAGUGCUCAAGUGCUUACUCCAGCAUUUUCUACUGAACACGUAGCAAGACUUGGACAUGCCGAGGAGACGAGACAUCCUUGCCUUUGUCCUGAUUGUGCUGCCAUGGACUUUACUCAUCAACAUGUGGCAUCAGAGUCCUGUAACUCCACAGCCCGUCACACUCAAGAAUGUAACGAAAGUACAAAAGAAUCACAUCAGAGAAAAGUGCAUCACAGAUAACGUCGUCCGCCGUGGCCGCACGUUGGGGCGUCCCGCACCGUGGUCCGACCUUCUGCCCAUCAUCCACGUCAUCACGCCCACCUACACCCGAUCCGUGCAGAAAGCCGAGCUCACGCGCCUCACCAACACGUUCCUUCAUGUCCCCAACCUGCACUGGAUCGUGGUGGAAGAUUCUCCACGCAGGACGCCGCUCGUCUCCAGGCUGCUGAGGAGCUCCGGGCUCAAUCACACGCACCUGAACGUUGAGACGCCGCGAGUUCACCGGAUGCGCAAGGAGGCAAGGGGUAACCGUGUACCGCGUGGAACGGUGCAGAGGAACCUUGGCCUGCGCUGGCUCAGAGAAAACCUUGGCCGUACGCCUCGCCACCAGGGGGUUGUGUAUUUUGCUGACGAUGACAACACAUACAGCCUCGAGCUGUUCGAGGAGAUGCGUUCGACCCAGAAGGUCUCUGUCUGGCCCGUCGCCUUUGUAGGCGGCCUACGUUACGAGUCGCCUAAAAUCAACAACCUGGGAAAAGUGUACGGCUGGAGCACCGUGUUCGACCCUCGGCGGCCGUUUGCGAUCGACAUGGCCGGGUUCGCCGUCAACCUCCAUCUCAUCCUCAGCAAACAUCAGGCCUACUUUAAACUAAACGGGGUUAAAGGAGGAUAUCAGGAGAGCAGCUUACUGGGGGAUCUGGUCACUCUCAGCGAGCUGGAGCCCAAAGCUGAGAACUGUACAAAGGUGCUGGUGUGGCACACUCGGACCGAAAGACCUGUGCUAGUGAACGAAGGGAAGAAGGGCUUCACCGAUUUCACCGUGGAGAUAUAAUUAAUAAAACACGGACUAUUUGGGACGUUGCAAUAACAAUCUUUUACGAUAAAAGUUACACGGCACUGAGUGGAAGUUGUACAAAGCCAAGGAACGAUCGGAUGAACAGAAUUCUGAACUUCCUCUAAGCCGCUGGCGCUGGUAUCUGGACGGAUCUCUGUUUGCUCGCACUGAGGAUCAGCAGCAGAAGAAAAGGGCCGUUGUUCGGCGUGAGUCAGCUCUGAGCAAUAGCUUCAUUAUCACAACGAUUGUAAACGUCAUCUUUACCCCCGACACACUGAGCCAUUGAGGUCUAAAUGACAAAUACCCCCACCCCACACCUCCCACCCACCCCCCAACCAACCCCAACUUUUAACACAACAAAAGUCAAAAAAAUGUUCACACACAGCUUACACACACCGGACGGAUAUUUCACAUGGUUUGCAAAAGUUUGCACACCCCUAGAACCAAUUUUUGCAACAUUUAGUGUGUUUAGUUUUAUCAAUGUUACGUCAUUAACACAAAUCCCCAACAGUUGAACAAAUAGAUUUAGUGUAAAUUAGCGCAAGAUUUAGCGACAGAGAGCGUCACAGCCAAACCUUGUUGAUUUUCCUUUCUAGUUUCUACGUGGGUUGUGUUAUUGCAAAUUCAUUUUUUCACAAUGAAAUAUUUAAUGUUAUAGUGACUGGUGUAAAUUCUCCUUACACGAAGUACAGGUGCGUAACUGGAAAGGUGUUAAAUUACCACAAUUGACCCAAUUUAAAGGAUUACAAAUCAACAAAGAGGAAGCAAAUGAAACUUGUAUUAGACGUUUUUCUUUCUUUUGGAAUUAAGGGAAAAAAUAUAUCUCAGAUUUGCCAUUUUCUAAAAAUAUGGUAUUUUUUUUCCACAACCUUCUACAGCUCAUUGUGGUCAAAACCCCUUAUUUGCCCUAAUAAGCCAUUGUUGUUGUUGUUGUUUUUAUGCACGAUCGCACAGAUUUUCAAAAGAUACACCUUUGCAGGAGUCCCUUUAAUUUGUGUAUUGGCUUCGUUUUUAUUUUUGCAUUUCUACUUAGCCUACUACAGAUAAGAUUCAACCGGCAAUAACAAUAAAAACCGAC